AUGGGCGAUGCAAUGGUUGUCGACGUUCCAAAGAAAUCGACGAAGAGGAAGAGGGUUGAGUUAGUGAUGAGUACACAAGAAAGAGAAGCACGCAUUGGGGCUUUACGUGGGGAACUUGAUAGUUUGUUCAAGUAUUACAACGAGUCUCUUAGUCGGAACGCGCUAAUCGAUGUAGACUCAGUUAAGGCGAAUGGUUCGACUAAUUUGAUGAUUGCGUCUUUACUGGAAGAGAACAGUCUUCCAUUGUCAAAAUUGGUGGAAUUGAUUUUCUCUACACUGAAAGAGAAAGAGGGUUCGAUGACACCUGCUUCUGUGAAGAGCUCUGUGCUUCUUAUCGGCCAGAGAUCUUUCUAUGGAGUACAAAACCCAAAUGCGGAUGUAUUGGAAGACGACUCUCCUUCUUCCCUUUGGUGUUGGGAGACAAGAGACAUAAAAUUACUCCCGAAGUCAUUUCGUGGUGCGAUUAAAAUUCGGCGUACUUGUCGCAAAAAGAUCCACGAAAGGAUAACUGCUGUUUCUGAUGUUAUAACCGAGUUAAUGAAGCCAGAGAGCGCUUCAAAUGGUGUUCAGAAGGUUCUGAAAGCAUCUGAAAGGCUUAUUAAAGUGUUGAGUGAAGUGGAAAUACGUUCACUAGUUGAAAAAAUGGAACAGAAAAAUGGUGCUGACGUUGCUGAGAAGGAAGUGAAACGUGAAGAAAAACUAGUGGUGAAGCAAUUGGAGAAAAACAAACGUGAAGUUGAGAAAGAGAAAUUGAGAAUUGAGCGAGAACUUUUGAAGGAAAAGUUGCAAAAUGAGAAAGAAAUGAAACGUCUGCAAGAUGAGGCUGAAAAAGAAGAGAAACGCCGUGAAAUUGAAAUGAAAAAACAGUUAAAAAAACAACAAGAGGAAGCAGAAAAAGAACAAAAACGCAAAGAGAAAGAAGAAGCUGAACAAAAAAAGCAACUUGCUUUACAAAAACAAGCAUCGAUCUUGGAAAGAUUCCUCAAAAAAAGUAAUGGAACUUCACCAAUGCAGGUUGACCAAUCACCAGUCAAAGAUACAGAAAGUUCACCUAAACAAAAAACACAUGUGCCCGAAUCAGUAGUUCAAUCAAUGGAUGAUGCCAUUUCACUCAAAAAAGAGUUUGAUUCAAAUGAGUUAUGGAAUGUACAUUUGAGAUCUUGGCAUCAAUUAGUUCAUUGUGGUAGCAAAAAAAGGCAUUGGGGUAUGCGGUUGACUCCAAAGACUGUUGUGGUCAAAGAGCUGAAGUUGACCAAUAUUGAAAAACUAAUUGAUGGAUGGAAUGAAAAUAAAAAUGAUUCAAAAGAUAAUUCGGUUAUUGAUAGCCAGAAGUUUAGAAGAAGCAAACAGUUGUUACAGUUUGAUAAGAGUCACAGACCUGCAUUUUAUGGUUAUUGGCCUAAGAAAAGUGAAGUUGUUAAACCUCGUUGCCCUCUUGCUAAAGAUCCAGAGCUGGAUUAUGAGAUUGAUAGUGAUGAAGAAUGGGAAGAGGUUUGUAUAAUUAAUGAAUCUGUUCAUUAUGUUUAUUAA